UAACUGGAGUCAGCCGAGGCGGCAUUUCACAUUUACUCUCAUUAUAACAGGUUUGACGGAGAUCAGAGAGGGUAACAACACUGGAAAAAGCGAGACACGGGUGGAACGCGAGAUCAUCUCACAAUCGACACAAGAGGAGUUUCUCUCAGGGUUCGGUGUCUUAAUUCUAUCAGGAAAAUAUGAUGGACGACGAGCAGCCCAAGACCCUGUAUGUCGGAAACCUGUCUCGAGAUGUGACCGAGGCCCUUAUUAUGCAGCUCUUUGGUCAGAUUGGCCCCUGCAAGAGCUGUAAAAUGAUUGUCGAUACGGCAGGUAACGAUCCAUACUGCUUUGUGGAGUUCUUCGAACAUAGGCACGCAGCGGCCUCGCUCGCAGCCAUGAAUGGGCGUAAAAUAAUGGGUAAGGAGGUAAAGGUCAAUUGGGCAACAUCACCAAGCAGCCAGAAAAAAGACACAAGCAAUCACUUCCACGUCUUUGUUGGAGACCUCAGUCCAGAAAUCACCACUGAUGACAUCAGAGCUGCCUUUGCACCUUUUGGCAGGAUAUCAGAUGCACGUGUAGUGAAAGACAUGGCGACGGGGAAGUCAAAAGGCUAUGGUUUUGUUUCAUUCUUCAACAAAUGGGAUGCGGAGAAUGCCAUUCAGCAGAUGGGAGGUCAGUGGUUGGGUGGCCGGCAAAUCAGGACCAACUGGGCUACAAGAAAACCGCCAGCACCUAAAGCCACUUAUGAAACGAACACCAAGCACUUGUCGUUUGAUGAAGUAGUGAAUCAGUCCAGUCCCAGCAACUGCACUGUCUAUUGUGGUGGAGUCACUACAGGCCUUACAGAACAACUCAUGAGACAAACAUUUUCCCCUUUUGGCCAAAUCAUGGAAGUUCGAGUAUUCCCAGACAAAGGCUACUCGUUUGUGCGGUUCAACUCUCAUGAAAGUGCAGCUCAUGCGAUAGUGUCGGUAAAUGGUACGUCCUUAGAAGGUCACAUAGUGAAAUGUUACUGGGGUAAGGAGACUACAGACAUGGUGAGCCCCAUGCAGCAGGUGCAGGUACCCCAGCAGAGUAAAGUUGGUUUUGCUGCGCAACCAUACGGCCAGUGGGGACAAUGGUACGGCAACGCACAGCAAAUUAGUCAGUAUGUCCCUAAUGGCUGGCAGGUACCCACUUACGGCGUGUACGGACAGGCCUGGAAUCAGCAGGGCUUCAAUCACUUACAGGCUGGUGCGGGCUGGGCCGGUGUGGGUGCUGUGAGCAACGGAGGUGUCGUAGAGCCUGCGCAGGGAGUCAACGGGACCGUCCUGGCCAACCAGUCCACCAUGGGCACUGCAGGAUACCACACACACUGAUGGGGCGAUUGACGACUCUAGCACUCCACUGCGGCCACUGCAGGGAUCUACACACUCAAACACACGUCAAGAUAUGCCUGGCCUGGGGGAGGCGCUGUGCCAUUUUUCUUUUUUGUUUUUCUCCCUCGUCCUCCACCUGUAAUUUGAGACUUUGAGGCAGAUCUUGCUCGUCAUUGUGGGGUCGGGUUGCCCUACACCCGGAUUAAACAUCACACCCUGAUACACAAACGUAUUCACACAAACACACACACACCCUUACAAAUCCCCAAGUCUCUGGCCUGGUGUCCGGCUGACUUAUUCGGAGAGGACUAUGCCAUUUUUAACUAUAAAUGAAUAAAAUCAACAAUAACUGCAA